UCUGAUAUUUGAAAUGUUUCACCAUUAUCUGCCUUUUGCUUUAUAUAUAUAGAUAGAUACAACAACGUUUCCAUCCUUCAAAUCAGGGUUAUAUUAGAAUUAUUCAAAGACCGAUCAAACGUCUUGGGCAUUGGAUUGGACCCCUUCAAAAAAAACAAAAAAUCAACCCCCCACCCAGACCCAGCCACCGAAAAAACGAAGCAAAUAAAAACAUGACACAUGACAAAUUAAAAUACGACAACUGGCACAUGACAAAUUAAAUGGCAGGAUAAGGAUAAAGGUAUUGCAACCCAGAGAGAGAGAAGCCGGUUUUGACCAUGAAUUCCAUUUUCAAGCAUGGAUUGCAAAAUACGUGCCAAAAAAUCCAACAAAUGAAGCCAAGUGAAAAAAAUAAAGAAGAAGAGCUCCUCAUCAAGCGGACUUGUGCUUGCUUACACCAGUGCUUACAUCACCUCUCAUUUUCUGUUCUCUCUCUCUCUCUCUUCUCUCUCUCUCUAUAUAUAUAUAUAUAAUCUCCUCACCUCACCUCAAGGGUAACAUAACAUAUAUCUGUUCUCAUCAUCUCAGUGAUAUAACAAACGAGACGACUUCAUCUAUCUAUAUAUAAUAUACCUGGUUUUAAUUGUUUGAGAGAGACAGCGCGAGAGAGAAGUUGAGAUUUAGAAAAAAAGAAAAAGAAAGAAUGGCAGGAGGAGAUGAAGUGAAGGAAGUGAGGAACCAGCAAGUGCUUGCUAGAGAUUACAUAAGUGCGAUUCCGGUGGAGUCAGACAUGUACUUGAACACAAGCAGCACCAUAAAACUGAGAGUGCCAGAUGACGAUGAUUGCCAAGAGGCCAUGCUGCUCAAGAACCUCUACUUGUCCUGCGAUCCCUACAUGCGAGGCGAGUCAAACAUUGUCCUAAUAAUAAUAUAUAUACUUCUUUUUUUACCCCACGCACAGCCAAUAGUUGGAUAUGGAGUGUCUAAAGUCGUAGAUUCUAAGCAUCCAGAGUUCAAGGCAGGCGAUUUAGUUUGGGGCAUAACAAAAUGGGAGGAGUAUACUCUCAUAAAAAACACCCAGAGUUUCUUCAAAAUAAACCACACUGAUGUUCCCCUUUCCUACUACACUGGAAUUCUAGGUAUGCCUGGUAUGACUGCUUAUGCUGGUUUCUAUGAGGUCUGUAAUCCCAAGAAGGGAGAAUAUGUGUACGUCUCAUCCGCAUUUGGGGCUGUUGGUCAGCUGGUUGGCCAAUUUGCCAAACUCAUGGGUUGUUAUGUUGUUGGAAGUGCUGGGAGUCAAGAAAAGGUUGAUAUAUUGAAAAACAAGUUUGGGUUCGAUGAGGCUUUCAAUUAUAAGGAAGAGGCAGACCUGGCCGCUGCUUUGAAACGGUAUUUCCCACAAGGCAUCGACAUUUACUUUGAGAACGUUGGGGGCAAAAUGCUUGAUGCAGUGCUCCUCAAUAUGAGGCUUCACGGCCGCAUUGCUGUGUGUGGGAUGAUCUCGCAGUACAAUUUUGAGCAGCACCAAGGAGUCACCAACUUAAUGCAUCUCGUUUAUAACCGUGUUCGCAUGGAAGGAUUCUUUGUGCCUGAUUUCUAUCACCUCUAUCCCAAGUUCUUGGAUCUUGUGGUGCCCUACAUCAAACAAGGCAACAUCACUUAUGCGGAAGACAUUGUUGAGGGCCUUGAGAAUGGUCCUGCUUCGCUCGUCCGCCUUUUCUCUGGCCGCAAUGCUGGAAAAGCAGUCGUUGUUGUUGCUCGCGAUUAAUCUUAAUUAAUUAUUUAUUGCAUUAUCCAUCACUUCACCUUCCUUCUUGUACAAGUAAUAUUGUGUUGUUGUGUGUGUUACUGUUUACUAUUCAAUCGAUGGGAAAUAAAGAAAGUAUAUAUCAUGUUGUUUGGUCGUUGGGUA